AUGGAUGCUCAUGUCUCUUUUGUAGGAGCAGAAGAUGAUAUGCCAUACACAAAAUCAGCAGCACUUCAAAUAUGGCUUUUAGGAUAUGAAUUAAGAGAUACAAUUUUAGUCAUAACUAACCAAGCAGUUUUUUUUUUAGCGAGUAAAAAAAAAAUUGAUUUUUUAAAACAAAUUGAAAAUAAUGAAAGUGAUGGAGAUGUACCACCAAUUAAACUUUUGAUUCGAGAAAAGGGUGAUGAAGAUCGAGCAAAUAUGGAAAAGUUAGUAGAAGAAAUUAAAAAAAGUAACAAUGGUAAAGUUCUAGGUGUUUUUAUGAAAGAUAAUUAUAUUGGACCUUUUGUCGAUUCAUGGAAAAAUGUACUUAAAAAAAAUAAUUUUGAAAAUGUUGAUAUGAGUGCUGCAUUUGCUUUAUUGAGCUCUCCCAAAGAUGAUGUUGAAUUAUCGUGCAUUAAAAAAUCGAGUAUGGUGUCAGUAGAUGUUUUCAAUAAAUACUUAAAAGAUCAAAUUCUUGACAUUAUUGAUUCGGAAAAGAAAGUCAAACAUAAAACUCUUGCAGAAGGGGUUGAAAAUGCAAUUUCUGAUAAAAAAUAUGUAACAGGAGUAGAUACGUCUCAGGUGGAAAUUUGUUAUCCUGCUAUUAUUCAAAGUGGUGGAAAUUAUAAUUUAAAAUUCAGUAUUAUGAGUGAUAAAAACAUAUUACAUUUUGGAGUUAUUAUUUGUUCGCUGGGUGCUCGAUACAAAUCUUAUUGUUCAAAUAUAGUACGCACACUAUUAGUAAAUCCAACGGAUGUUGUUAAGGAUAAUUAUGAGUUUUUAGUCGAAUUAGAAGAAGAAUUAGUUAAAAAUUUAAAGGCUGGUACGAAAAUAUGUGAUGUUUACGAAUCCGGUGUGGCUUUUGUUAAAAGUAAAAAAUCCGAUUUGCUCGGGGGAAUGAAUAAAAAUUUUGGAUUCGGAAUGGGUAUCGAAUUUAGGGAAAGUUCGUUACUCAUUUCGCCUAAAACCACGACCGUUUUAAAAAAAGGAAUGGUUUUCAAUUUGAACGUCGGUUUUUCUGGUCUCACGAAUAAAGAUGCGACUGAUAAAGAAGGGAAAACCUACGCCCUGUUUAUCGGGGAUACGGUUUGCGUCAAUGAGGAUGGUCCGGCAACCGUUUAUACAAAUUCAAAGAAAAAAAUCAAAAAUAUUGGUAUAUUUUUAAAAGAUGAUGAUGACGAAGAAGAAGAAGAGGAAGAGGAAAAAGAAAAUGAACCGAUAUCGAAAAAUUUAACUCGGAGAGGAAGAAGAACAGCCGUUUUAGAUUUUAAAUUGAGGCAAGACACUUCGGCGGAAGAAAAAAGAAAGCAACAUCAAAAAGAAUUAGCAUUUCAAUUGCAUGAAAAGGCAAAACAACGUUUGGCUCAACAAUCCGGAGGUCAACAAUUACAAAAAGCAAGGAAAAGUACCAUCUCUUAUAAAAAUAGGAGUCAAAUGCCGGAUGAACCCGAAGUUAGAGAAUUGAGAAUAUUUGUCGAUAAAAAAUACGAAACGGUUAUAUUACCGUGUUAUGGUCUUCCAGUGCCAUUCCAUAUAUCCACGAUAAAAAACAUAUCUCAAAGCGUCGAAGGGGAUUACACGUAUUUAAGAAUUAACUUUUUCCAUCCUGGAGCGACCAUGGGUAAAGAAGGAGGUGCUUACCAACAGCCGGAUGCUACUUUUUUAAAAGAAAUCACUUACCGUAGUUCGAAUACAAAAGAACCGGGUGAACAAACGACGCCUUCUUCAAAUUUAAAUAACGCAUUUAGAUUAAUUAAAGAAGUUCAAAAAAAAUUCAAAAGUCGAGAGGCCGAAGAACGGGAAAAAGAAGAUUUAGUUAAACAGGAUACGCUUAUUCUAUCGCAGAAUAAGGGAAAUCCAAAACUUAAAGAUUUAUACAUUAGGCCGAAUAUCGUUUCUAAAAGAAUGACUGGUGUUUUAGAAGCUCACACGAACGGAUUUCGAUAUACUAGCGUUAGAGGAGAUAAAGUAGAUAUAUUGUAUAAUAAUAUAAGAAAUGCCUUUUUUCAACCUUGCGACGGUGAAAUGAUUAUAUUGCUACAUUUCCAUCUUAAACACGCAAUUAUGUUUGGUAAAAAAAAACAUAUUGAUGUACAGUUUUUUACGGAAGUGGGAGAAAUAACGACGGAUUUGGGAAAACAUCAACACAUGCACGACAGAGAUGAUGUUGCUGCAGAACAAGCCGAGAGAGAACUUAGGCAAAAAUUAAAGACUGCAUUUAAAAGCUUUUGCGAAAAGAUAGAAAAUAUGAAAACGGAUGUAGAAUUCGAUACUCCGUUCAGAGAUUUGGGAUUUCCCGGAGUACCUUUCAGAAGUACCGUUUUACUUCAGCCUACUAGUGGAUGCCUUGUUUCAUUAUCGGAAUGGCCGCCUUUUGUUAUCACACUUGAAGAUGUAGAAUUAGUACAUUUUGAGCGUGUUCAAUUUCAUUUGAAAAAUUUCGACAUGGUUUUCGUUUUUAAAGAUUAUAAUAAAAAAACGGCCAUGAUCAAUUCAAUUCCCAUGAAUAUGUUGGAUCAUGUUAAAGAAUGGCUAAAUUCUUGUGAUAUUCGUUACACCGAGGGUAUCCAAUCUCUUAAUUGGGUAAAAAUUAUGAAAACGAUUACGGAUGAUCCCGAAGGUUUUUUCGAUAAUGGCGGUUGGACCUUUUUGGACGCCGAAUCCGAUCCAGAAGACGCCGUAGACGAUGAAGAAGAGGAAGAAGAAGAUUAUGAGCCAUCAGAUUUAGAUAGCGAAGGAGAAAGUGAAGAUUCUGAUUAUUCAGAACUUUCGGAGGCGAGUGAAGACUCGGAUUCUUAUGCUAGUGAUUUAGGAAGUUCGGAAGAUUCCGGUAAAGAUUGGUCCGAUUUGGAGCGGGAAGCUGCGGAAGCCGAUAGGGAAAACGAUAAUUUCGAAGAUGAAUACUCAAAAGGGAAAAAACGUGGAAGUUCAUACAAGGAAAAAAGUAGUCACAAAUCUUCUCCAAUGAAAAGCAAGGAUAGAGACAAAGAUCGACAUUCUUCAAAAAGUAGUAAGCACAGUCACUCGUCGAGUGGUCACAAAUCGUCGUACAGCGAUAAAAAUCACAGCAGUAGUAAACACACAUCCAGUUCGGGAGACAAACAUAAAUCAUCUCAUUACGACAAACACAAAUCUUCUCACAGUGAUAAGAAACGUUCUAGAGAGUCCGAAAGCAGUAAGGAAAGUCCCAAAAAGAAAAGCAAAAGAGGUUAA